AGCGAGGCACUGCUUCAUUUGUGUUUUCUGCUUCCUGAUGCGGUCGGAGCGCGCUAGUCGUGUUUGUAUCGUGGUGCUGGAGGAGGUGGAAGAGGAUGAGCCCUCCUUUUCACCCCCACCCCCUCAGGCCAAAUCGACCCCAGACCGCCGAUCUCCUCAUGCCCCUAGAAGGGCUGCUGCCCUGGAGGACAAGCCGUCCUUGCUCAGAGCCAUCUUCAAUGUGGAUCCGGAGGAAGUUCGCUCCCUCAUAUUCAAGAAAGAGGAUGUCAAUAUUCAGGAUACUGAAAAGCGGACACCGCUACAUGCUGCAGCUUACCUGGGCGACACUGAGAUCAUUGAACUACUCAUUCUCUCAGGAGCCAGAGUUAAUGCCAAAGAUAACAAGUGGUUGACUCCUCUUCACCGUGCUGUGGCUUCAUGCAGUGAGGAUGCCGUGGCCGUGCUGUUGAAGCACAGCGCCGACGUCAACGCCAGGGACAAGAACUGGCAGACGCCACUCCAUGUAGCGGCGAGUAACAAGGCUGUGCGUUGUGCUGAGGCACUGGUGCCGCUGCUUAGCAAUGUCAACGUGUCUGACCGGGCAGGACGCACCGCUCUGCACCACGCUGCCUUCAGCGGACACACAGAGAUGGUAAAGUUGCUCCUGUCCAGAGGAGCUAACAUCAAUGCGUUUGACAAGAAGGAUAGGAGGGCCAUCCACUGGGCUGCCUACAUGGGUCAUCUGGAGGUAGUUAAGUUACUGGUGAGCAGUGGCGCAGAGGUGGACUGUAAGGACAAGAAGGCUUAUACCCCUCUGCAUGCAGCUGCCUCCAGCGGGAUGAGUAGUACCGUACACUACCUGCUGGGCUUAGGGGUCCAGGUGAAUGUGGUGAAUGCCUAUGGUAACACGCCACUCCAUUUGGCGUGUUAUAAUGGCCAGGAUGUGGUGGUCAGUGAGCUCGUCAAGGCCGGGGCUAGUGUCAACCAGGUCAAUGAGAGGGGGUUCUCUGCCCUCCACUUUGCAUCCUCCUCACGGCAAGGGGCGUUGUGCCAAGAGCUACUGUUGGCCCACGGAGCACACAUUAACAUGCGGAGUAAGGAUGGAAAGACUCCCCUCCAUAUGGCAGCUACCCACGGCAGGUUCUCCUGCUCUCAGGCCCUCAUUCAAAAUGGAGCCGAGAUUGAUUGCGCGGACAGGGACAGAAACGCUGCCCUUCACAUUGCCGCACGCUACGGCCACGAGCUUAUCAUCACAGCUCUCGUCAAACACAGAGCCUGCAUUACCAAGAGAGGUAUUCAUGGGAUGUUCCCGCUGCACCUGGCAGCUCUCACAGGCUUCCCUGACUGCUGCAGGAAACUGCUGUCCUCAGGAUUUGACAUUGACACGCCCGAUGAUUAUGGAAGGACCUGUCUACAUGCUGCUGCAGCUGGAGGGAACCUGGAGUGCCUGAAUUUACUGCUUAACAUAGGAGCAGACUUUAACAAAAAAGACAACUAUGGAAGGACUCCACUUCAUUAUGCAUCGGCCAACUGUAAUUACCACUGUGUGUUUGCCCUGGUGGGCUCCGGGGCAAGCGUCAAUGAGCUCGACCAGAGAGGCUGCGGCCCCCUGCACUAUGCUGCAGCAGCUGACACUGACGGAAAAUGUGUGGAGUACCUUUUGAGGAACAAUGCUGAGCCAGGAGUAAGGGACCAACAGGGGUACAGUGCAGUCCACUAUGCCUCAGCCUACGGCCGCACGCUCUCUCUGGAGCUGAUGGCUAGUAAAUCUCCUCUUGAUGUGCUUAUUGAGUCAUCAGGAACAGACUUCCCGAGUAACACUGAGUGCCAUGGGCAGAUCAGCCCACUUCACUUGGCGGCUUAUCACGGACACUGCGGCGCCUUAGAAGUCCUCUUAACCUCCAUGCCGGAUGUAGAUGUCCGUAACCACCAAGGCCGAACUCCCCUCAGUCUGGCCUGCUCCAGAGGCCACCAGGAGUGUGUCUCACUUCUGCUGCACCGCGGCGCUUCGCCCAUGACCUGUGACUAUUCACACAAAAUGACCAGUCUACAUGCUGCAGUUACAAAUGGCCACUCAGGGUGCCUGCGUCUCCUCAUGAGCAACAAUGACCAGCACAUCAACUUGGAUGCACUAGAUGUCAACAAGCAAACUCCACUGAUGUUGGCUGUGCUGAAUGGACACACCGAGUGUGUGUAUUCGCUGCUCAGUCAAGGAGCCAGCGUGCAGGUUCAAGACUGCUGGGGCAGGACGGCCCUCCAUCGAGGGGCGGUGACGGGCCAGGAGGAGUGUGUGGAAGCUCUCUUACAGAGUGGGGCCGGCGCAUGUGUGAAGGACAUUCGUGGUCUCUCCCCUCUGCACUUGGCGGCUGCCUGCGGCCGUGUGGGCGUCCUCGGUGCUAUGCUGCAGGCGCCUGGCACUUCGAAUGGCCUCUCGCAACUCACUGACAACAAAGGCUACACGCCGCUUCACUGGGCCUGCUACAGCGGAUGUGAUGCUUGUGUGGAGUUGUUGUUAGAGCAAGAGGUCUUCAGAAAGAUAAAAGGCAAUACCUUCAGCCCAUUGCACUGCGCAGUUAUGAACGACAACGAAGGAGUGGCAGAAAUGUUAAUCGAUUCCCUCGGCGCAAACAUCAUUAACUUCACUGACUCCAAGGGCAGGUCCCCGCUUCACGCCGCCGCUUUUGCAGACAGAGUCGAAUGCAUCUCCCUGCUCCUCAGUCAUGGAGCGCACGCCAACAUUGCUGACACACACACCCGAAGGACGCCGCUGAUGAUGGCAGCUCUCAAUGGGCAAACGAACGCCGUGGAGGUGUUGGUUAGCAGCAACAAAGCAGACUUCACUCUGCAGGACACCAACAGGAACACAGCCUUACACUUGGCUUGCAGUAAGGGUCAUGAGACGUGUGCCUUGUUGAUCCUGGAGAAAAUAAGAGAUAAAAAUCUUAUCAACUGCACCAACGCCUCUCUGCGCACGCCACUCCACGUCGCAGCCAAGAAUGGUUUAACCGUGGCCGUCCAGGAACUUCUGGGAAAGGGAGCAAGCGUGCAAGCGGUGGAUGAGAAUGGAUACACACCUGCUCUGGCCUGCGCCCCCACCCGCGAUGUUGCCGACUGCUUGGCGCUCAUCCUCAACUCCAUGAUGCCCGCCUCCCCCAUGGUCACCAUAGCAACCCUGCCGCCAUUUUCUCUUCCUCACACGGUCAUCAAUCAUCAUCCUGUGGCCAAUCACGUCGCAAAGGGCAUGGCCUUUGAAACACUGCCACCUCUGAGGCUGGACCGCGCGUCUUACUGCAGACCUGAGCGCCCCCUGUCCUGUAUCACUACUGACGAAGAACUGAACGACUCGGAUUCCGAGACCUACUGAGGACUUGCUACCCCCACGUCCCCCAAAUCCCCAACUGUAGCGUUGGAAGGCCAGUGUGUUACUCAGGAGCCUUAACAGAUCGCUGAACCCUCGAAAACACAAAAGAGGGGGGAAAAUAAAACUAGUGUAUAUCUUUUUGGGUAAACCUUUAAAUAUUAAAUAAUGCAAGGCUUACUUUAUUCGCUCAGAAAUGCAGUAUGCUACAUUUCUUGAAGACAUACGUCAUAUCAUAGCCAGUGGCAGGCCUUGCAUUUGGUACCUGGUCUUUUAGUCUGGAUUUACCUGAUUUAAUCCAGUCCCCCUAAGUACCGCCACUUUCACAUCGUUACUCUGGAAACCUUCAAUACUAUACAAAAAGUUUUGGUGAAGGGAAGCUCAGAAGUCUAAAGAACAAAAACUUUGGAGAUUCUAAAUGGGACCAGGUAGACAGUGAUCACAGGAACCUACUAGGGGGGUUCUUAUCGAACCCUGUUUGAACUUUAGGAGGAACCAGAACGCCCGAAACAUUGCGCGGACGGGGCCUCUUUUUAUGAAGGAUUGUUGUGGAAUCAGCAGCCCGACUACUUGAUGUUUGAGUAAGUGCGUGAGCGCUUCAUGAUGAAAUAUUGCCUUUUCAGGAACAAGCACCUUUCCUGAAGUGAAAAAUAUUUAGUGCAAUGUUUGUAAUGAGACUUGCAGUGCGUCACUCAUUAUCCAGGUGAUAAAGACGUCCGUACAAGCAUGCAGUGACCAGCCCCGCCGUCGUGUUUGAAUGUUUCAAGAACAAAGUCUAAUUGAGUCUCCGCCUCUUCCACUUCCUGCCCACAGGAGCUGGCUUUGGACCCCGCGCAACGGACCACUGCGCAUACCUGUGACCUUGGGCUCGUAGAAGAGGAUGUCAAAGCAGAUGAAGAGACCAAACUUCCCAGCAAAGGGGGUGUCAAAACUGAUGAUCUCCGGCUGUGGCGGGGUGUCAAACGCUUCCUCAAAAUAAAGAUUCUGCUUAUGGUAGCGUGCCACCAACAGUCCGUCGGACCUG